AUGUCCUUCCCACCACCCCAUAUCCAACUCCCAAAGACCGAACACACGCACACCAUAAUCUUCCUGCACGGCCUAGGCACAAAUUUCCCCACCUGCAAAUGGGUCUUCCCCACAGCACCAGACAGAUGGCGCACAGUCCUCGGCGAAGAACAAUACGCCUGGUUCGACGUAUACUCACUCGACGACACGACAGAGAGAUCCGAGCUCCAAGUCGACGGACUUCGUGAAUCCAUCCUCUACAUCCUCGACCUCAUCGAAGCUGAAGCGCGACUCCUCAACGACGAACACGACAAAAUUUAUCUUGGCGGAUCAAGUCAGGGCAUGGCGAUUGCUCUAUGGACGAUAUUCGGAGCCGUCGCGACGGGAAGGAUUCGGUCGAGACUUGCCGGGGUUCUGGGGAUUUGCGGGUGGUUGCCUUUCGCCGAGAACUUGGAGAGUUCGAUUGUUGAGCGUAAGGUUCUGGAGAUCGUGGAGAAGGAUAAGUUGGUGUUUGAUCUGUUUAAUCGCAAGUUUGGAAGGGCGCAGUUGCGGCAGUCUCAGUCGCCCAUGGAUGGGGAUGUGCUUCCGACGCCGAUGUUCCUUAGCCAUUGGAAGGAUAAUGCGUUUGUUUCUCUGCAGCUUGGAUUGCAGGCAUAUCAAUUCUGA